UUAAGAGAUGUUUUAAAGUACUAAUUGUAAACCGAAAUUAUGCCUUCACUGAUGAUAGGCUAUGUUGACUGCUGAUUUCACAUAUAACGUGAACAGUACAGUUUUCUGUUUCAGUCCAUUACAUUUUAUAAUUUCUGAAAAUGGCCCUAGUACUUAUAGUAUAUAGUACGUACAAAUAUUUGUCCUGUUUAAUAUGCCAUUGGUUACACCCCUGUGUGGGGGGUGAGCAAAUUUAAUUUGUCAAAAUUAUUGUAGGUGAACUAGACUGGUUUCCAAACUUCCUGGUUUCCAGACUACUUUGUGAAGAGAGUGCAUCUCUCGAUUGGGGCACAUUUUCAACAUUUACUUCACCUAACCUUUACAAACUUAUUCUAAACCGCAUCAUGAAACAAUGUCUUUUUUUAUGGAUUUUUUUGUAGGCGUUGCCACUACUGUUUACUCUUAAAUGCCUGAGGGAAAUGUUAGUGUGUUGUCAGUAGCCGGACAAACAUUUCAGAGGAAAUGAACAGAGAUACUAGGGCAGGGCCAAUUUAUGGCUGCAGGCCGCAGAUAAGAGGCACUGCCCUCAAACUCAGCAGUAUAUAAAUGGACACUAUUCUCAUCACAUGGCAUCUGACCAAGACAACUUACUAUUCAUGGUCUUAGAAUAAUAAAAGGAAAUUGCAUACCUGCCUUUGGGAUCCUCACGGGCCACAUUAUACAAUCAUUAUUUGAUUUUGUGAGGGCAAACUGCCAACAUAUCUGACAGGUAUGAUCUGGCAUCGACAGUAGGCAUAAAGUGCAGUCUGCACACCAGGACUCCAGACUUCACAAAGAGCAGGAAGUGAGAGAAUCCACACCCAUCUGUGAGCUGUUUCACUCCAAACUCUUCCCUACCAUUGACAACACCACUCUUCGUGGAUCAACACCUGGGAGUUGGUUUUCCAUCUAACGCAAUCCUGAUCACGAUGGACGCUGUUCAACAGAUUGAGGCAAAAGCUUCAACAGAAGUGAGUGCAACUGCAGCUGGACUCAUUCUGAGACAGGAGGGAAAAGACAGUGGGAGAAAAGAAACCGCCAGUGUACAUCGAGCAAGCGGUCCUCACGUGCUGAACAUGGACUUCAGCAGCAUCUAUAGCAGAGAUCUGCUCCCAGCAGAGGAUGGUGUGGAAGCAACCAAGAGCUUUAUGCAUGAACUGGUGGACAUUCUCUUCGCCUACAUCUGCAAAUCUCUUAACAGGAGCUCUAAAGUGCUGGACUUUCAUCAUGUCCAUCAACUGAAGGAGAGCUUGGACGGUUUCACCUUAGAGCUCCCUGACCAGCCCGAGAACCUUGAGCAGCUCCUUGUCGAUUGCCAAGAUACCCUGAAAUACGGAGUCAAAACUGGGCACCCGCGCUUCUUCAACCAGCUGUCAUCUGGCCUUGACAUCAUUGGCCUGGCAGGGGAAUGGUUGACCUCAACCGCUAACACUAACAUGUUUACCUACGAAGUGGCGCCUGUGUUCAUACUCAUGGAAGAGGUUCUUCUGAGUAAGAUGAGGAGCAUGAUUGGAUGGCCCAAGGACGAAGGGGAUGGAAUCUUCUGUCCAGGUGGCAGUGUGUCCAAUCUGAAUAGCGUGCUCCUGGCUAGGUACCACUUUUUCCCUGAGGUGAAGAAAGCGGGAAUGACUGUUCUCCCUAAGCUGGCCAUGUUAACCUCCUCACAUAGUCAUUACUCCAUCCAGAAAGCCGCUGCUGUGCUGGGGAUCGGCACUGACAAUGUGCUGCUGGUGAAGUGCGAUGAGCGGGGGAAGAUGAUCCCUGCUGAACUAGAGUCUGGCAUCGUCACAGCCAAAGCCAAGGGUCUGGUCCCAUUUUAUGUCAACGCCACAGCAGGGACCACUGUUUAUGGUGCCUUCGACCCUCUGGACGACGUUGCCAACAUUUGUGACCGCCAUGGACUUUGGAUGCAUGUUGAUGCAGCUUGGGGUGGUGGUUUGCUGAUGUCUAAGAGACACUGUGCCAAACUGAAUGGGAUUGACAGGGCAUCCUCUGUAACCUGGAAUCCUCACAAAAUGAUGGGAGUCCCGUUGCAAUGCUCAGCCUUUUUAGUGCGUAAAAAGGGCAUCUUGCAAGAGUGCAAUCAGCUCCGAGCAGCAUACCUGUUCCAGCCUGAUAAGCACUACGAUGUCUCCUAUGACACUGGGGAUAAGACCAUACAGUGUGGAAGACAUGUGGAUGUCUUCAAGUUCUGGCUCAUGUGGAAAGCAAAGGGCUCGGAGGGCUUUGAGUCCCAGAUCAACAGAUGUUUGGAUAAUGCAGAAUAUCUGUAUGACAAGCUGGAGGGAAGAGCUGACUUUAAGCUGCUCUUCAAAAGCAAACCAGAACACAGUAACGUCUGCUUCUGGUACCUUCCACAGAGUGUGAGAAGUAUGCCAGCGGGGUUAGAAAGAAACAACAAGCUGCACACGGUGGCACCAAAAAUCAAGGCCAAGAUGAUGGAGGAAGGACAGACCAUGAUUGGGUACCAGCCUCUGGAAGACAAAGUGAAUUUCUUCCGCUGUGUCUUCUCAAACCCAGCCACUCAGAGAGAGGACGUAGACUUCCUUUUGGAUGAAAUUGUGCGAUUAGGAUCUGAUCUCUAACUUUAGUUUAUUUUGAAUAGUUCAUUGUAUAGUUCAAAUAGUCAUUUUGUUGUAUUUUGGUGUUUCAAAACACAGUUCAAGAUGGCCUCACAAAAAUACCAUGUUCAUGGAAAAACAGGCUUGUUGUAGAGGGAACAUGUAGUACUCAUGAGCUGUCAUUUUAACUUAAUAUUGGAAGGCAUACUGAAAACAUUUUUUUUAUUUCUCUGUCCAUGUACAGGUCCUCCCUCCCUCUCCCCCACACAUUUAUGAAAAGAUUGUAGACCUCCAGUGGAUAAUAGUUUCUCAUGAAAUUGUUUGGAGUUGGCAGUGCUUCUGCUCUGCUCCUGUAUUCAUCUAGUUAACCUUGGAUAUGUUUGUUAUAGUCCACAAAAAGUGUCUCAUAUCAUAUUGCUUGACAGAGGAGCUCUUUCAGGUUUAGGUAAACACAGGCAUAGAGGUAGGCACAAAGGAAGGCCAUUGUAGACUAGACUCUACAGUAGAUCACUUCAAGGGGAAUCAUUGCCUCAUAGAGCGCAGAUGUCCCUUUGUUUUUAUGACUGCAUCACCCAAAAUCAAGAGGACAUGCAACAGCUGUUGAUGCCCUCAAAAGAUAAAGGCGAAGGUCAACAAUUGCAGCCUCCUUGCUGUCCUCUUUGAGAUUUCCAUUAAGUUGGCACAGCCACAUUUUCUGUUUCUGGAGGACUUUAAUGAAGUUGUGCGAUCAUGUCCCAUGUUGCAAUUUAUUGUUUGAAUGAGAACAAUCUUGUUUUACUGUAAAACCCUGUUGCAAUUUGUACCACUACUGUUACUUUUGUCUGGUCAUUCCACAGACUGAUAGGAUAAACAAGCUUAAACUAGAUGACAUUAAUACAUCAUGCAAUUAAUAAAAUUAAUAUUAAUAGAUGAAAUGAGAUACAUUUCAACAUAAGAAAGCAUUCUGCACUUUAUCAGUUUCAUGAUGGUGGUUGGAAGAACUAUGUAAACAAUCAUAAUCAAUCUCAAACUAGUAUCUCAUUUGCAACAUUAUGUUUGUUUGUAUUAAAAGUAAACUAAUGUGAUACAUUAUAUAAUGUUCAACAGUUAUAGUCUCUUGAUUUGAAUUUUAGGAUGUUACAUUGAUCGUACAUCAUUCUACAUCGUAGAAUUGAUAAAAAGUUGGUAAAGAAUAUAAUGUGAAAGUUGAUACUGAAAUAAAUGCAACUUCAUAAUAA